AAUAAUUUGUUCUAGGCAUGUGGCUGAUUUUUCCUAUGGUCCCCCUUCUGAUACGCGCGAUUCUCGCGAAUCCAGAGAUCGACGAUACAACGUUACCAGACAUAAUGGAACUAGGGAACGAUAGCAAUGAUAUACUGACCGACAAUCACACCGAGAAAUCUUGGAACGAAAUAUGGAAAGUAUGGAAAAAGGGAUCGUUAAAAGUACCGUUUGAUCCUUGGAGCGGCAAACGAGCAAAAGGAUACUCCCGGGCGAACGUCGACCUACAAGGAAAGGGAACGAAACUCGUGCACGAUUCCUACGAUCUCGACGCAUUCGCGGAUGGAUUCAACAACGUUAAGAGGAUAAAGGCCAGGGGGAAUAUUUUCAACAGUUGGGGCGGGAAAAGGGCGGAAAAGCUGAACGACCGGGACGAUCCAUUUUUAUCAUUGACGAAAAGUCCUGGUAACUUCCGUCUGAUGGAAAAAGAUGGACUCGUGGGAAGAAACGGCGGGAAAUACGACGACGAGAAACUUACGAUACAAAUGAAGAAUUGGCUAUCGACCGUGUGCAAUACCUGGGUGAAAAAACACGAUUGCUGGCACUGCAGGGGAAAUGACAAGAAAGCGGAACAACAUUACAAGAAACCGAAGGGGUGGGGUCCAUGGUUCGGCAAAAGAAGUUUAAAGGCGUACAUCUUUCGUCUUGGAAACGAAUAUUUCGCGGUACCGACCUAUUCCAUAAAAGACGAGAGCUUCUCCCCUUUCAGAAAACACAAUUAAUCGGGCACUGACUAUUCUAUCUGUUUAGACGAAUCCAUAGAACGUCGAAAAUUUAUGACGAUGCAGUUUUGGCGCGUUUGUCAUCGUCAUACUUUGCACAACUUCGUAUAUUUUGUUCGGAACAUUAUCUGAUCUAAGGGGAUCGAGAGUGAAAGGAUAUUCUUUAAUUAUUAAUAACAAACGAGUUUCAGAGGCGAAAUAUGUCGAGUGAUAUAUGUAUACAUAUGUGUCAUAUAGCAUUAUAAAUAAAUUAUCUGGUUAAUCAAAAUUUCCUUACGGAUUCUGUGCAUGUUUGUACAUCCACGCGCGUUAUUUUGAUAUUUACUUUGUACGGUUUGAAGAUUGGUACUUGUGUGCGCGUGUGUAUUAGUAAUUCAUUAUUAAAUACAUUCGUUUAAGGAUUUAAUUGAUUUUAUCGUGUGAAUAUUACUUACCAACAAUUGGAAUUUACGUUUGUGAAAUGACAGAUCCGCGUGUAUAUAGGUUAGGAAAUUUUCACUUCGCGAAUGACAGCAGUACAGGUUAGCCAACCGUAAGGAAAUGCAGCGUGCCAGUUUUAUGUUGCGAGCCUGUGAUGAUUGAUUGAUUUUAAAUCGAAUGGAAUUUUUGUUUCACCUCUACUAUAGAUAGAAAUGAAAGGAGAUUUGGGUUUUUCACAUUUUUCGAAUCUGGAUUUUCGUGUCGAGUCGUUCGAAACUCAACGAACAGCGAGUUAAUUGCACAACGCACGUUCGAUAGUGGAACGUUUUGUACGAGAGAUAUCGCUUUAUGCGCCAGCAGAUACAACCUGAAUCGAAUUAAAUGACAAAAUGAUGAAAACCGCUCGAGUGAGAGACAGUUUACUGUAAACGAUAAAUCGAUAAAUUUAAAUACUGUGGCCACUCUCUCCGGCUCUCUUCUGGAAAAGGGCAGGGUAAAUUGACAAAGAAUUUGACACUGGAGGAGUUUGAAAAGAUUCGCGUUAACGAAUAGGACCAUGGUUGAUCGUCGAGGUCAGUUCGCCGGCUGACGUAGAGCAAACGGAGCGAGGAUUCCCCU